GGCGCUGGCCGGAAGUGCCGAGCUACCGACGCGGGGCUCGCCGGGAAGUGUGGUUCCUCCGGGUGGCCCGGGGCGGUGCCCGCAAGUUCUGCGGAUCUGGCGGACCGUCCGGCGUGGACCCGGGAUGGCUGGACCCAGCGGCUCCGGGGGCCCGAUCGGGGCGGGAACCCUGGCAGGUGGCGCACGGUCCAAGGUAGCCCCCAGCGUGGACUUUGACCACAGCUGCUCGGACAGCGUCGAGUACCUGACGCUCAACUUCGGGCCCUUCGAAACAGUGCAUCGGUGGCGGCGCCUCCCGCCCUGCGACGAGUUCGUAGGUGCCCGGCGCAGCAAGCACACAGUGGUGGCCUAUAAAGAUGCCAUCUAUGUAUUUGGUGGAGACAAUGGGAAGACGAUGCUUAAUGACCUCCUGCGGUUUGACGUGAAGGACUGCUCCUGGUGCAGGGCCUUCACUACUGGGACCCCACCAGCUCCCCGCUACCACCACUCGGCUGUUGUCUAUGGGAGCAGCAUGUUUGUCUUUGGGGGCUAUACUGGAGACAUUUAUUCCAAUUCUAAUUUGAAGAAUAAAAAUGACCUUUUUGAAUACAAGUUUGCAACUGGCCAGUGGACAGAAUGGAAAAUUGAAGGACGGUUGCCAGUUGCUAGAUCGGCCCAUGGGGCCACCGUGUACAAUGACAAGCUGUGGAUCUUUGCUGGCUAUGAUGGCAAUGCCAGGCUGAAUGACAUGUGGACAAUUUGCCUCCAGGAUCGGGAACUCACCUGCUGGGAGGAGGUGGCCCAGAGUGGCGAAAUCCCACCAUCUUGCUGCAACUUCCCGGUGGCUGUAUGUCGGGACAAGAUGUUUGUGUUCUCGGGGCAGAGUGGAGCCAAGAUAACCAACAACCUCUUCCAGUUUGAAUUCAAGGACAAGACGUGGACACGCAUCCCCACUGAGCACUUGCUCCGGGGCUCUCCACCACCCCCACAACGGCGCUAUGGGCAUACCAUGGUGGCCUUUGACCGCCACCUCUAUGUGUUUGGGGGUGCAGCUGACAACACACUGCCCAAUGAGCUGCACUGCUAUGACGUGGAUUUCCAGACCUGGGAGGUUGUCCAGCCCAGCUCUGACAGUGAGGUCAGUGGGGCUGAGGUGCCUGAGCGAGUGUCUGCUUCUGAGGAGGUGCCCAGCUUGACCUCUGAGGAGCGAGGCAGCUUUAAGAAGUCCCGAGAUGUGUUCGGCCUGGACUUCGGCACUACCUCAGCCAAGCAGCCCAGCCAGCCAGCCUCAGAGCUGCCCAGUGGGAGGCUCUUCCAUGCGGCUGCCGUCAUCUCAGAUGCCAUGUACAUCUUUGGAGGCACCGUGGAUAACAACAUCCGCAGUGGGGAGAUGUACAGGUUCCAGUUCUCCUGCUACCCCAAGUGCACACUGCAUGAGGACUAUGGGCGGCUGUGGGAGAGCCGCCAAUUCUGUGAUGUGGAGUUCGUGCUGGGUGAGAAGGAGGAGUGUGUGCAGGGCCAUGUGGCCAUUGUCACUGCACGGAGCCGCUGGCUCCGUAGGAAGAUUGUGCAGGCACGGGAGCGGCUGCCUCAGAAGCUGCAAGAAGAGGCAGCCCCCACUCCCAGGGACACCCUCGGCAAUACUGUAGGGGGAGCCCGGCCACCCUUGCUGCAUGUGGCCAUCCGGGAGGCCGAGGCGCGGCCCUUCGAGGUGCUCAUGCAGUUCCUCUACACUGACAAGAUCAAAUACCCCAGGAAAGGCCACGUGGAGGAUGUGCUGCUCAUCAUGGACGUGUACAAGUUGGCACUGAGCUUCCAGCUAUGCCGCCUGGAGCAGCUGUGCAGGCAGUACAUCGAGGCAUCUGUGGACCUGCAGAACGUGCUGGUCGUGUGUGAGAGUGCCGCCCGGCUGCAACUGGGUCAGCUCAAGGAGCACUGCCUGAACUUCGUGGUGAAGGAGUCCCACUUCAACCAGGUGAUCAUGAUGAAAGAGUUCGAGCGCCUCUCAUCCCCACUGAUCGUGGAGAUUGUGCGGAGGAAGCAGCAGCCGCUCCCUCGCACCCCCUCAGACCAGCCUGUGGACAUCGGCACAUCUCUGAUCCAGGACAUGAAGGCGUACCUGGAGGGGGCAGGUGCAGAGUUCUGUGACAUCACGUUGCUGCUGGAUGGGCACCCACGGCCGGCUCAUAAGGCCAUUCUGGCUGCCCGCUCCAGCUACUUUGAGGCCAUGUUCCGGUCCUUCAUGCCUGAGGACGGGCAGGUGAACAUCUCCAUUGGGGAGAUGGUGCCCAGUAGGCAGGCCUUCGAGUCCAUGCUGCGCUACAUGUACUACGGCGAGGUCAACAUGCCACCCGAGGACUCCCUCUACCUGUUUGCGGCCCCCUACUACUACGGCUUCUACAACAACCGGCUGCAGGCUUACUGUAAGCAGAACCUGGAGAUGAAUGUGACAGUGCAGAACGUGCUGCAGGUAGUUCCCCUGUGCCUGUGGGGAAGGGUGGGGAGUGGAGGGUGCAUGGGGCAGCGUAUCAAGGUCCUGCCGUUGCAGAUCUUAGAGGCGGCUGACAAGACACAGGCACUGGACAUGAAGCGGCACUGCCUGCACAUCAUUGUGCACCAGUUCACCAAGGUCUCCAAACUACCCACGUUGCGGUUGCUGAGCCAGCAGCUGCUGCUUGACAUCAUAGACUCCCUGGCCUCCCACAUCUCCGACAAGCAGUGCGCAGAGCUGGGCGCUGAUAUCUGAGGCCCUCUAGCAUCCACCUUGAGUGAAGAGUAGCCAUGCCUGCCUGCCCUGCCCACUGCAAAGACUGCACCAGCCACACCAGUAGCAGUCCUGUACCUGCCAGGCCCUGGGCCAGGGUGCCCAGAGGGGGUCGCAUAGGAUGUAGAUGGUGAAGCAGACCCAUACUCCAGCUAGUACCUUCUCUUGGAGUGAAGUGUGGGUAGGAGGCCCUGGCUCAGUGAUGAGGACAGUACUGAGAAGUAGAAAGAGACUCCAGAGCCAUGACCUUGGGCUUCCCACCCAGCAGGGCCUGGGCAUGGGCUUUGGGGGUCUUGGUAUAGCCCCAGCCUGGGUAUGUUGUGGAUCCAGGCUGGGUCCUGAUUUUAAGGCCCUGUUGAUGUGGGAGGGGACCUAGCAGAACUGCUGCCCCGUGAGAGUCUGCCUGGGCUGUACCCACCCCUACCUCACCCUCACUGAGGCUGGUGUAAGGGGUCUCUCCUCCCACUCACAGCUUGUAAUUGGGACUCAUGAUGGACAGGUCUGACUCAAGAUGAACUUUGGAGUGAAGGGCCCUGAGGUCAGCUCCCAGCCAAAAGAUUGUCCAUGCUGGACUGGGCCUGGCUCUUAGGUGGUUUGCAGGAUCCCAGCCCACCUGUGUGUACAUCAGGGCUCAAGGCUAGGGCAAGAGAGAAGUCAGGAGAGGUGCCCCCAGGUCCCUGUGUCCCUCACUAAGUAUUUAUUGUUAUAGAUAUGCCUCCAUUAAAGCCACAGCAGUGCUACUCCA